AUGCUGGGUCCGCUGAGUGCUCUAAUGCCGUGGGUGCGCAGAGAUUUGUCCUGGAUGACGCUUAGCUUCCGGCCGCUUAACGUACAGGGACUAGCCAUUGCUGUCGUGUGCCGGGACAGCCUACCAAAUCAGGAUAUGCUUCGCCAUCUACCUCUUGAUCUCGAGGGUGAUCUAACCCGUGCCUUGGGACCGCUGAUUGAUUUUCGCAACGGCCAGCCUAUGUUUGCGAACGAAUACGUCAGAGACUAUAUCAAUAAUGAGCUCACAGCAAAGCUGAACUCCAGUGGCGACUAUAGCUGCGAAGUUUCAACGCACGCCGACUUGACUCGUAGCCGUCUCACAUUUUUGGAACACUCUGGGGUAGCUCAAGCGGGCCCACGAGGAAGAUGCCGUAUUUUCUGGGAACAGAGCGCAUUGGAUUUCAGCCAAGACUGCUUUAAGCCCACUCCACUUACUCUUGCUGCGGAACAUGGCCUAUACGAAGUUGUUCAUGAUUUGAUAUCUUCCAGCGUAAGCAAGCCUGUUUCUUCACAAGAAAUGACCGAGGCAUUAGAGAUAGCAUUGCAAUUCGGCCACCUGGACGUGGCCCGUCAGUUGCUACUCGAAACGAACCCAUCAAACGAGUCAUUUGUUCUUGCUAGUAGAGCAGGGGAUACAGAGCUAGUCACUGAUAUACUUCAAAAGCUCGGUGCUCUGGCAUGUACCUGCCUUGAGUCACUCCAAGCAGCAGUCAUUCGUGGACAUCUUCAGACAAUUGAUGUAUUGCUGCAGCUGCUUCCAGACGUAUCAGUAGCUCUCGAAGAUAACCCAUCCCUGUACCUCGACGCCAUCGGGUCAGGGAAAUCUGAGGUCUUGGGACGCUUACUCGAUGUAGGACCGGGCCAUCUCGCGGUUAUUCCGGAACUUAUUCGUCGGAUAGGAGACCCGCCAUCGGCCAGUGUGAUGGAGGAAGGUGCUAACAGUCGGAAUCAUACUAGCAGCCGUAGUGACGAUGAGGAAGACAGAGAGGAGGCAGAGAACAGUAGCGAUGGAGUCUCCAAGGAAGAAGAAUUCAAAACUAUGGGCUCGAGAACACUCAGCAGCUUUGAGGGGCUACGAUGA